GACUGCAACAAUUUCUGAACGCAGCCGUCACUCACAACAACUGACGUUUCACACAUCUGACACACACUGUCACACGGAGAUACUUUUUUACCGCUCUUGGCAUGUUGACUCAUGCGAGAUACAUUUUCGGUCUAACUUUAGUAAUUAGUAAAGCUAAAUAUAAUUAUUACUACAUAAAACAGCAGUGUUAUUAUUGGACCUCGAUGGGGGUCCACCGCCAAAUUGGUGACCCGACGCGAAAUGGACUACACUGCCGAAGGCCCUAUUCAUUGUACUCGUUGGCCUUUUUGCCCCGACGAUGUCGCUGAUGACUGAUCGUGCCCCCGGGAUUGCCCCGGCUCUUGCCCGCACAGCUACGCGGUCUGUGGAGUCGCUACUGAUGAGUGGACCGGCGAGAGAUGUCGCCCUCCGCUGCCAGUAACAACUAGUGACGAAUGCUUCGCUACCUGCCUGGAUACUUGCCUGGAUAACAGCCGGCCAUCUACUCUGCCUCGCUGCCGCAAAUUCAGUGCAUAAAUAGUGUUGUGCUUUGUCUUGUGAUCCCUGUUCCCAUGUAUAUAACAAACUAACAAACCUUUGUUCUAGUGCUUAAGGUAAUACCUAACAUUUUAUAUUUUGUGUCUCUUACUAUAAAUACUAGGUUAAAAACUGUCUUGUGUACAAGACAACCUACUUACCUAGGUAACCUACUUACCUAUAAUGUACAUAACUACUUACCUACUAGAAAAUGUGUUUAUUGUAUAUACUUACCUUAAUAACUUUAAUACUUACUAUGAAUAUUAAUUGUGCUUGUAUAUAUUUCAAUAACAUUAAUCUUUUUCAUUUUUAGUACUAGAUUUGUAGGCUAGGUGCUAGAUUUAUGUGUUUGUUGUAAAACCAUACGGCUUGAACGCUUUUCUGUGUUUGUUUGUCUGUACCUAUAUAUUCGGGGUUGUCAUUUAACCAUGGCCGACAAGGACAUGGAGGAGAAGUUGAAAAAGCUUUCUGAAGAGAAUGCUGCGCUGCAGGCCCGCCUCGGUGAGAAGUCUCAAGUAUGUAAGGUGACGGCCAAGAUUCCUCCUUUCUGGGCGCACAAACCAAUCAUAUGGUUUGCAACAGUGGAGGCUCAGUUCGAGAUAGCUGGUAUUAUCACCGAUAGCACUAAAUACAGCUACGUUUUAGGCCAUUUAGAUCAAAAGUAUUCACAAGAGGUAGAGGACAUAAUAACAAACCCUCCCCCUAUUGGUCAGAGGUAUACCAGACUUAAAGAUGAACUCAUAAGACGGUUAUCCAUGUCGGAGGAGGAAAGAGUCCGGCAGCUAAUCUCGGAUGAGGAGCUUGGUGACCGAAAGCCAUCUCAGUUUCUGAGACACCUACGCUCCUUAGCGGGAUCAGCCUUGUCGGACGAAAACAUCCUUCGCCAACUAUGGAUGAGGCGUCUCCCACAGCAAGUGCAGGUAGUAACUGCCUCACAGUUGGAACUACCCUUGGAUAAGCUUGCGGAAUUGGCAGACAGAGUGGUCGAGGUUACUAACCCGAAACAGGUGUCAGCUUGUGCUACCGCACAAUCCGCACCAUCUACCUCCACCUUAAACACCCUGAUGGAAAAGGUGGAGGAGUUAACAAAACAAGUGGCAGCUUUGUCCUCCCAUAGCCACUCACGUAGCCGCUCCCACAGUCGGGCCAAGCCGUUCACUAGACCGACCACCACUAGAGAUGGUACACCAGUCCGACCUUGCUGGUACCACAAAAGGUUCGCAUCUAAGGCAACGAAAUGCACGAAGCCAUGCAAUUGGUCGGAAAACACCAACAACAGUCAGUAGAGGCGGCUACUGACUGUUCAACUGCCACCUCUAGCCGUCGACUAUUUGUAACAGACAAGUCUUCCAAUAUCCGUUACCUUAUUGACACUGGAUCGGAUUUGUGUUGUUACCCUCGACGCCUCAUUAAAAGUAUUUUGCAUCCCGCUGAUUAUAACCUGAGCGCUGCAAACGGAAGUACCAUAAAAACAUACGGUACUAUUCAGUUAGAUUUAAACUUAGGAUUAAGACGUUCCUUUAAAUGGAAUUUUAUUAUUGCAGAUGUUGGCAUACCAAUAAUUGGUUCUGAUUUCUUGUGUCAUUAUAACUUGUUACCGGACUGUCGCAACAAACGUAUCAUAGAUGGGAACACAAAACUGACUGUUUGUGCCGUUCUAGCACAAACAGAAGAAAACAGUAUUAAAGCUGUGUCUUCUAGCAACACACCUUUCUCUGAGGUACUUGCUGAGUUCCCUGAUAUUACACGACCCCCUGGCUUACCCAGGUUUGUAAAGCACAACACAGUGCACUAUAUUAAAACAACAGAAGGUAAUCCGGUAUCUUGUCGACCGCGCCGUUUGGCACCCCAAAAACUCAUUGCUGCCAAGCAGGAAUUUGAGAGUAUGGUGCAGUGCGGCACGGCUCGGCCUUCAAAAAGUUCAUGGGCAUCUCCUUUACAUUUAACUACAAAAAAGGACAAAACUUGGCGUCCAUGCGGCGAUUAUCGCGCCCUGAACGCCAGGACUGUCCCAGAUAGGUACCCCAUUAGGCAUAUCAACGAUUUUACCAACAGCCUUGCUGGUUCUACUGUUUUUAGUACCCUGGACCUUGUCAAAGCUUAUCACCAAAUACCUGUCCAUAAGGAAGACAUUGCGAAGACAGCCAUCGUUACCCCGUUUGGCCUCUUCGAAUUUCCUUUUAUGACUUUUGGUCUGCGAAAUGCUGGACAAACUUUCCAGCGGUUCAUCGAUGAGGUCACACGGGGUCUCGAUUUUUGUUUCCCAUACAUUGAUGAUGUUCUUGUUUUCUCCCCAGAUGUGGAGACCCACAAAGAGCACCUCCGGGCUCUUUUUAAACGGUUCCAAGAGUAUGGAGUAGUAAUUAACCCAUCCAAAUGCAUUCUUGGAGCAACAGAGGU